AUGCAGAUCGAUGUCGAGUGUCCCGACGAUCUGGAAGCCGACGACGAAGAGAACAACUUCGCAAAGCACGCAAGCUGGCGUUCCCUCUUCAACUUCACUUCGAAAUGGGAUACUCCACCGCUCCUUCUGGCACUCAUCUUUUCGAUCGCCGCAGGAAUCAUCGCACCGGCGCUGGCAGUAUUCCUGGGCAAGAUCUUUGACCUUUUUACGAACUUUGGGGCGGGUGAGAUCAGCGGAUCUGAUCUGUUGAAGAAAGUAUCUGCAAACGCUAUCGUUCUAGUUGCACUAGGCACUGCAAGUGGUUUGUUGCAUGCGGGCUACUUCACGGUUUGGCUGGUAUUUGGUGAGCUCCAGGCGAAGCAUGUACGGGAAAUGCUCUUCGACAGCAUGCUAGAGAAGGACAUGGGUUGGUACGAUAUGCGCACAGAUGGCAUCGAUACUUUGGUAUCACGACUUCAGACACACGUCCGAGACCUCCAGCUGGCUACCUCGCAACCAUUGGGCUUUGCAGUGCAGGAUGGAGUCACCACACUCGCAGCUCUGGGCCUAGCUUUCUACUACUCUUGGAGUUUGACCCUCGUUACUCUAUCUACUGUCCCGGUUCUUGCAGUCGCACUGGCUUGGAACUCAGCGCGGAUGCAACCAAGCAUUGAGGCGCAGACGAAGGAGCUUACCAAGGCUUCCAAGAUUGUCAACAACGCACUUUCAGCCAUCGACACAGUCAAGUGUUUCAAUGGACAAGACUUUGAAAGGUGGCAGUACAGAGAAGCGGUCAAGAGAGCCGCCAGAUACUAUCUCUAUCAAGUACAAGCCAACGCCCUCCAGAUCGGUGGCCUUCGACUCAUCACUUUGGGCAUGUUUGUUCAAGGCUUUUGGUUUGGAAGCCAUCUAGUCCAAACCGGGCAGAAGAACCCAGGCGAUAUUCUAACAGCGUUUUGGGCAUGUCUGAUGGCGACACAAGCUUUCGAACAGAUCCAACCGGAGGUCAUUGUGCUUGAGAAGGGAAGAGCAGCCGGAGCUACCCUUAAGUCCAUCUUGGGUCAAAUGGAAGUGGGACUCGAGAUCGCGAGGAUGAGCGGCAGGACCGUUCCCCUUUUCUGCGCCGGAGACAUUGAAGUCAGAAACGUUUCUUUCUCUUAUCCCUCCCGACCCGACCAGCCCGCCCUGAGCAGCGCCAGCUUCUACUUCCCUGCCGGCGAGACGACUUUCAUUGUUGGUAGGAGCGGCUCUGGGAAAAGCACAUUGGGGAAUCUUCUAAUGCAUUUCUACAACGUCGAAUGUGGAGAGAUACUGAUAGAUGGACACCCAAUAAAUAAUCUCGACAUCAAUUGGCUACGCAACAAUGUCACUCUUGUCCAGCAGCAAAGCGUGCUGUUUAAUGAAUCAGUCUUCAAAAAUAUUGCCUUUGGUCACAGAGAUCAUGGCAGAGUCAGGAAGGAAGAAGUCAAAAGAGCAAUCGAAACUGCGUUGCUGCAACAUACAAUCAGCGAUCUGCCACAGGGGCUAGAUACUGUGGUAGGGACUGGCGGCAGUGCCGUGAGUGGAGGGCAAAGGCAAAGAGUAUCCAUUGCAAGGGCACGACUGCGCGACACGCCCAUCUUGAUUCUCGACGAAGCGACCAGUGCUCUGGACCAUAUCAGCAAAAGCCUGCUUGUUGAAGGAAUCCGCGAAUGGCGCCAGGGCAAGACUACGAUCGUUAUAACACACGACAUGUCACAAGUCCAAGAUGAAGACUAUGCCUAUGUACUUGAUAGCGGAGUCGUCAUUCAAGAAGGCUUCAAGAACACCCUGGAAAAGAGCGACCUCGGACCCUUCCAGCAGCGGGAAAAAUCAAUCAUUAACUUCCCAGCCACGCAAGCGCGGUAUCGGGAACUAUCGCAAGGACUUCGUUCGAGCUCGUGUCCUGCGCGCGUCGCUCCUCUAACGAGGAAGAAGUCUGAGAUUUCAAUGGUGACCCAAAUCCAACCAAAGAAAGGCCUCGUCUCAGCUAUGUUGAAACCACAACCGGAGAACGUGCGACGCCCAUUGCAAGCAUUCGUACCAGCAUCACCCCCAACGAGUACGCGGCAAUUGUCUGUGGCUCGUUCGAAGUUCCAACAUCAUCAACGCGAGAUCUCACAGCAGAGCGAUAUUUCGGGGCCUAUCUCUCCCCUAUGGGUACAUGAUGUGAAGGCGGUCGAGAUGACCAGGAGGGAAUCCGAUGUCUUGGAUAUCAAAGCCUAUGCAAAACAACAAGAAAGCGCACUCUACUCUUCAGUGGCUUCACCCAGGGACCCAACUCGCAAGCGAAAGCCGCCCAAGGCGGAAAAGCCACGCCCCAUAGCUCCAAUGAAGAAGAUUUUGAUGACUGUUUGGCCUGCGCUGACAUGGGAGAAACGCAUGGUCUUGGUACUGGGUUUCCUCUGUGCGGGUGUCCACGCAGCAGCAACACCGACAUUCUCCUGGGUCUUUUCGAAACUCCUCGCGACAUUCUAUCUCGCCGACCACAGAGAGCGUUCGCACAUGGCACGACAAUGGUCGCUGAUGGUGCUCGCGAUAGCGGUCGUUGACUCUUCGGCGGCGUUCUCGAUGCACUUUUUGCUCGAGUACUGCGGUCAGGCCUGGAUCGACACCCUACGAAUCGAAGCCUUCAAACGCGUUCUCGACCAACCCCGAUCAUGGUUCGAAAAGGAUAGAAACAGUGUUUCCCGGCUCACUGAAUGCCUAGACCGCAGUGCCGAAGAGAUGAGGAAUCUGUUGGGCCGUUUUGCAGGCUAUGUAUUCGUCGCCGUCACCAUGGUGACCAUGGCUAUCAUCUGGAGCCUCGUCCUAAGCUGGAGACUCACCCUGGUGGGCCUUGCAUCCGCGCCUUUCAUGUACGUCGUCACUCGCACCUUCGAAACCGUCUCCGGCCACUGGGAAAACAGAAGCAAUGACGCAGCCACAGCUGCCAACACGGUCGCCACCGAAACAUUCAGCAACAUCCGCACCGUACGAGCCCUCACCCUCGAAGGCCACUUCCGCAAAAAGUACGCCGAGGCCAUCUCCACGGCCCUCAAAGUAGGACUCAAGCGCUCCGCCUACUCCGGCUUCUUCUUCGGACUCUCCGAGUCAGGCAUCCUGUUCGUGACCGCCCUGAUCUUCUACUACGGCGCCAUCCUCGUCUCCACGGGCGCACACACCACCGAGACCAUCCUGACGGUCUUCACCAUGCUCCUCUUCAGCAUGUCCCAGGCCAACAACAUCAUAGCCUUCGUCCCCCAGAUGAACUCCAGCCGGGACACCGCGACCCGUCUCCUCCGCCUCGCGUUCCUCCCCCACAGAAGCUCGCACGAAGGCACGGGCCACAUCCGCCUUUCGCACCCCGGACCCAUCACCUUCACCGACACCACCUUCGCCUACCCCGCCCGGCCCGACCACCCGGUCCUCUCCUCCCUCAACCUCACCCUCCACCCCGGCACCAGCACCGCCCUCGUCGGCGCCUCCGGCUGCGGCAAAUCCACCAUCGCCAGCCUCCUCCUGGCCCUCCACCCACCCGACUCCGGCACCCUAACCAUCAACCACGUGCCCAUCUCGCACCUGCACACCCCGACCCUCCGCACCCUCAUCGCCCUCGUCCCGCAGCAGCCCGCCCUCUUCGCCGCCACCGUCGCCGCCAACAUCGCCUACGGCCUCCCGGAGUCCUCCCCGCUCGCCUCCCCGCCCUCGAUCCGCGCCGCCGCCACCGCCGCCCGCGUCCACGACUUCAUCCUCUCCCUCCCGCAGGGCUACGGCACGCCCGUCGGCGCCGGCGGCGCGGGCCUCUCGGGCGGCCAGACGCAGCGCAUCGCCCUCGCGCGCGCCCUCGUCGGCCGGCCCGGGCUGCUGGUGCUGGACGAGGCGACGAGCGGGCUGGACGGGGAGACGGCGGCCGAGGUGCGGGAGACGGUGCGGCGGUUGGCGGGGUGCGGGGUGGGCGUGCUGGUGGUGACGCAUCAGCGGGCGAUGAUGGAGGGGUGCGGGGAGGUGGUCGUGUUGAAGGACGGGAGGGUGGCGGAGCGGGGCGGGUUUCGGGAGUUGGUGGGGGGGGGGGGAGUUGACGCGGUUGAUGGGGGGAGUUAG